CUCAUGGGUCUGCCCGAAGAGUGAUCAAUUACAACUCUAUCUUUGCAAGGUUUAGUCAUGUACGUACUUGCAAGUAUGGGUACAGUGAGCUUAGUACUUAUCAUAAGAGGCUACAUCUAUCUGAUUGGACCAAGUUAGGCGAGAGGGGUUUCUCACAGCUUUCUUUGGAGCGAGAAGAUAUGUGAGGGUAGAGUGGUUGGUUUGUUUGGUCAUUCUUCAUGAAAAUAGUGCCAACGCUCAUCAGCAAACAAGUGAUAUAAUAUCUACGGAAUAAGAAUUUACAUAGUGAAUGAAUGUUUCACUUCACAAGGGUCAGCGUUGAGAAGCUCGGAGGGUGCACGCCGACCCUCGCUCCGAGCGCCUCGGGAUCGCAUCGCUGCGAAGGCAAUCCGAACCUCUCUCCCAACAUGGAGUUCUGGGCUGGAGAAGCACUCAACGGUUCAGACGCAUCGUAUAUUCUGUCAACAAAUCGGUAAAUGGCGUCUACGGGGUUGCGACAGUGCAUUCGAGAUGUCACAGCCUACCUCGUUUUUCUGGUCUUUGUGUCAACUCUGGGUUCUCUACAAUUCGGCUUCCACUUGGUAUCUCCAUCCUCCCGGUUUCCCCGGCCACUCUUCCGUACUUACUAACAACUUCUCCAGUCCGAACUAAACGCCCCUCAAGAUGUGAUUACUUGUGCCAACAAGGCCGCUGCCGAAAAAGUUGCCUCGAGCGUUGAUACGAAUCUGCCACAAUGCAUUCCCAUGAACGAAGCGCAGUUUGCAGCUCUGUCUUCGGCCUAUGUCGUCGGAGGAUUCGUGGGGGCUUUAUUCGCUGGACCGACCUCUACGGGAUAUGGCAGAUUAUGGGCAAUGCGCAUCACAAGUGUCUUUUUCAUAUUGGGUUCGAGUCUUGAGGCUCUGGCUGGUACAGUGCCCAUCAUGUCCAUUGGGAGAUUUCUGUCCGGAGUGGGAGGUGGAGCAUCGACAGUCAUAGUUCCGCUGUACAUUUCUGAAGUAGCACCACCCAAGGAACGAGGUCUUUUUGGUUCCAUGACCCAAGUCACCAUAAAUAUUGGCAUCUUGAUCACACAAACAUUGGGCUUCUUCCUGAGCAAGGGCUCAUUAUGGAGGAUGAUUUUGGCAGCUGGAGCAGGAUUGGGUCUUCUCCAAUUACUUGGACUCUUCUUCGUCCCUGAAAGUCCAGCUUGGUUAGCAACCCAUAACCAGACUUCAAAGGCCACGUCAACCCUCCAGAGAAUUCGCGGAUCCAGAACCUCAAUCGCCGAGGAAAUUCAACACUGGGACACAACAGAAAUCAACAAGUCUAACCCAGAACAAGAAUCCCUCAUUCAAGAAGACCCUACAACCCCAAGCCGACUCUCCCCUCCCCCAAAACCAAGCAUCGCACCCAUCGGAUUCUUCGCCAUAAUUGUCGACCCGCACUACCGUCCCGCUAUAAUCGCUGUCCUAGGAAUUAUGUUUGCACAACAACUGUGCGGUAUAAACAGCGUAAUGAUGUACUCCGUCUCUCUCCUCAAAGGCGUAGUGUCCAUGUCCUCCUCCGCCCUUACCAUCCUCAUCUCACUCAUCAACCUCUUCACAACCGUUGCCUGUGCGCCCUUGGCCGAUAAAAUAGGCCGGAAAGCAUGUCUCCUCCUCUCCAUCUUCGGCAUGGGAACGUCCUCCCUCCUCCUCGCCAUUUCUCUGAGGAUGGAAAUCAAAUUCCUCUCCGCCGUCUCGGUCCUCCUCUUCGUUGCCUUCUUCGCAACAGGUCUCGGUCCCGUGCCUUUCAUGAUGGCUUCUGAACUCGUGGGCCAGGAAGCUGUAGGUGCGACGCAGAGUUGGGCACUGGCGGGGAAUUACGCGGCGACCUUCCUGGUGGCGCAGUUCUUUCCCAUUGUGAAUACGUGGUUGAAUACCUGGCUUGGAGGUCGUGGCUGGGUAUACUUUGGGUUCACGGGGUUGGCUGCUCUUAGCUUUUUGUUUGUCGUGGGGUUUGUGCCCGAGACGAGGGGAAAGAAGGAUGCUGAUGAGGUUUGGGGGAGGGAGAGGAGGGUUGAUUAG